AUGACAUCUGGGAAAUCUGUGCCUUUGCUCAGAAAUUCUGCAGCCACCAUAGUCAAACAUCUUUACACCUAUCUCGAAAUCCGAUUCCAUGGUACUUGUAGACACGCGACAUGUCUUAGAAACCACGAAACAACUGAAGUGAGCGAAAUCUGUCCAACCAGUUCCAGUCCCACUUUUCUGAGGCUAAUCACGGCAAUCCCACACCAAUCAUCACUUUGA